GUAAUAAUUCUUGAUUUGUCGUUGAUUAAGGUUUCGUUCAUCAAAAAUAGGUGUUCAUCACUGUGCAACACUUUGGCUUCGAAUCCGAAUCAUAUCUUAAAUCUAAUUAGAUGGGCGAAUGCCUCUGAUAAUGUUACGCUAAACAUUCAUUGCACAUACAUAUGUGCUUGAAAUUUUUCGUGCUCUGUGCUGUAAUAAACGUUUUUCGAAGUAAACAAUCCGGAAUUUAUUUUAUAUUCCAAUUUUACACUGUUUUAAUGCACGAAGAAUGCCGGAUAUGUUUAUUCGUGACACCAGUGCCGAAUCGACUGCAUAUUUCAACCAUAGUCGUGGAAGAGAAAGACGUGUCCCAAGCCCUUCAAGACUGCGCUUCUAUUCAGGUCAGCGACGAUGACCAGUUGCCAAAAUUUGUUUGCCCGAACUGUUUUGAAAGGCUUCAAUCGUUUUAUGAAUUUAGACGAUUAAUAAUUACUUCAGAUGAAAAGUUAAAACGAAUGUCUUUGGAAUUUGAAAAUGUCAAAUUAGAAGAACGUGAAGAAGUUUCUUCGACUGAAAAUGAACCUGAAAAUGACGCCAACAAUGAUUCUUAUUUAGAUGCUUGUCCUAAUAAUGAACCGGUCAAACCCAGGAAGGGCAAACGGAAAAAACAAACAAAACUGGUGCACGAAUGCGUCGAAUGUCAGAAAACAUUCAAAAAAGCUGAUCAUUUAAAUGUGCACAUAUCAUAUAAACAUGCCGAGAAGAGAUUCGAAUGCGAGUAUUGUGCCAAAAAAUUCGCCCGGACUUAUGAUUUGGCCUACCACCUAAGGGUACACAGAGGAGAGAAGCCUUACAUGUGUGAAAUCUGCCAAAAGUCAUUCGCAUCUUCGAGCUACUUUUACAUGCACAGGCGAAUUCACACCGGCGAAAAAAAGUGCAAGUGUCAGUUUUGUGACGAGGCGUUCAUUAAUUCGGAUCAGCUGCAGAUACAUGUGAGGCAGAGGCACACUGGCGAGAAACCCUACCUGUGUGACAUUUGCAGCAGCGCGUUCUCCAGCAGCAGCGGCCUCUUUCGGCACAAACGCGACGUCCACGAGAAGAAAGAAUUGUGCCCCGUGUGCGACAAAAUGUACAGUGGUCGCGUUUUAAAAGAGCAUAUGCGUCGCCACAUGGAGAGAGAGGCGGGGAUUAAACGGUACGUGUGCGAGCAGUGCGGGAAGGGUUUCACGUGCGGCACCAGCCGAAAGAGACACCUGGCUGUUCACAGCGGCGAGAAACCCUUUAAAUGUGACGUGUGUCAAAAAUCAUUUAAUCAGCGUUCGACUUUGGUGACUCACUCGAGAGUUCAUUCGCACGUUAUGCCGUUUCCGUGCGAGUACUGCUCAAAAUCUUUCCGAUACAAACAUCACCUGAGAAACCACGUGGGAAAGCACCAUAAGGAGGCGUAG